AUGGACAUAACAACACCAGCUAACAAGAAACUUAUCUUCAGGUUACACAGGGAAAUAGCCGAGGGCACGUGCACGCGGGAGGCCGAGGGCACGUGCACGCGGGAGGCCGAGGGCACGUGCACGCGGGAGGCCGAGGGCACGUGCACGCGGGAGGCCGAGGGCACGUGCACGCGGGAGGCCGAGGGCACGUGCACGCGGGAGGCCGAGGGCACGUGCACGCGGGAGGCCGAGGGCACGUGCACGCGGGAGGCCGAGGGCACGUGCACGCGGGAGGCCGAGGGCACGUGCACGCGGGAGGCCGAGGGCACGUGCACGCGGGAGGCCGAGGGCACGUGCACGCGGGAGGCCGAGGGCACGUGCACGCGGGAGGCCGAGGGCACGUGCACGCGGGAGGCCGAGGGCACGUGCACGCGGGAGGCCGAGGGCACGUGCACGCAGGAGGCCGUUCAACCAAGACUUAGCACAUCAAAUGGUACUUUAGAUAACUUAUCUUUUAUUUUGCAAAAUGGCCUACAGAGUAGACACUUCCCAAUUCUAAAGUGA